UCACUCACUCAUACAUACACAUACACUCUUACCUUUAUACAUCAUACUUAUUGAAAUAUACAAUGUGUGCGUAAUUUCUGCCAAAUGCAGCUAUAGUUGUAAUACACAUGUAUCAAGUCACUUUACUACUUACAUACAACCAGGCUACUUAAUAACUUCAUAUUAUGAGUCAAUAUAUAGGGACAUGGAGACAUGGGAGAAGUCAUCAGAUGUUCUUAACUACGUAUACUAAUAUUUCAAGUUAUUUAUAGUCGUGCAUAAUACAGGGAAGCAGUUGUAGUAAAUUAUUGUUUUGGUUCUUGGGCUCCUUCCAACAGUGCUCAUAAAAAGCAGAAUACAUUAGAGUAACAAAUAAACACGUUAAGUUAUAAUCUAAUUAGAACAUCCAAAAAGCCCUUAAAGAUUUAAACCAAUGAUUUAGUACAUGUUUUUAUCUUACCCACACAGUUAUUUGUACUAUUGUAUAUUUAUGUAUAUUUUUGUCUCCAAAGCUUCGACUUUGGAGACAAAUGUGUAUGAAAUUACGCUCUGUUUUGCUGUGUGUGUUUUUUCUCGUUGGUUACGUGCGCGCGCGCGCACGUGACAUCAUUGAUGGGAUUGGCUCGCCCCGGCUGGGGAGGAGAGACUCUUCUACAGGCUACAGAAAGAGAAGAGGAGUGAGGGACCGAGGGUAUAGUUUCCAUCAGCUCCGCGCAGGACCAGCUCCACGAACCACGCCCCGGGGGACAGGGGAGACUGUGGCCCCCCACAAGUGUCCAAACUCUUGUGAUGGAACGGACAGUGGACUUGGAAGAUGAGUUUUAGUUAUAGGUUUCAGAUUGACAAGAUGAAGUUCGGGAAGAGCAUCUGCGUACUCAACGUAGGGGGAACCCGGUACGCCUUCACCCGUGAGGUGAUUAGGGAUUUCCCUCUCCGGCGCGUCAGCCGUCUGCAUGCUUGCGCAACGGAGAAAGAGGUUCUUGAACUGUGCGAUGACUACGACCGGGACCGGAAUGAGUUUUUCUUUGACCGCCACGCGCAGGCUUUCGUGUUCAUCAUGCUGUACGUGCGCUACGGUAAACUCCGCUUUGUUCCCGGAGUGUGUGAGCUGUCCUUCUACACGGAGAUGCUCUACUGGGGACUGGAGAGCGUGCACUUAGACUCCUGCUGCCAGAAACGCCUGGACGACAGGAUGUCCGAGAUCGGACUGGACGAUCUGUCCGAGGUUGACGUCGGAGCAUCGGGGGAUGAGUCCCAGAGCUCCGGUGAACCGUUGCAACGGACAGCGCUCACCAAGCGCGAACAAUGGCUCGAGAAGAUGCGCAAGACGUUCGAGGAGCCGAACUCCUCGCUUUUUGCACAGCUUUUGGCUUCAGUGUCUGUGAUAUUUGUGCUCGUUUCUAUGAUAAUGCUGUGCGCGAGCACCCUGCCGGACUGGGAUACAGCCAAGAGAAAUAUUGUGGAGGAACACAGGAUAGUGGAAGCCGUGUGUAUUGGCUGGUUUACAGCAGAGUGCACCAUGCGCUUUCUGGUGGCCAGAAGCAAGUGGGACUUCAUCCGGCGGCCGCUGAACAUCAUCGAUGUAAUUGCCAUCACCCCUUACUAUGUCACCAUGGCGAUGGCCCAGGCAGGGAUACCAGGUGCUGGGCUCGGGGUUGUUGGAGUGAUACUGCGGGUACUGAGGAUGAUGCGCGUGUUCUGGCUCAUGAAGCUGGCCAGACACUUCCUGGGCCUGCAGACACUGGGGCUCACGCUCACACGCUGCUACCGGGAGAUGGUCAUGCUGAUGGUGUUUGUUUUCGUCGCCAUGGCAAUAUACAGCGCUCUAGCCCAGCUGCUGGAGUACGGGUUGGACUUGGGAAUGCAGAACCCGGAUUACGCCAGCAUCCCAGCAGCCGCCUGGUGGGUCAUCAUUUCCAUGACGACAGUGGGGUAUGGGGACGUGUACCCUGUGACAAUUGGGGGACGGGUACUCGGGGGAAUGUGUGUCGUGAGCGGCAUUGUUCUCUUGGCGCUGCCGAUCACGUUCAUCUACCACAGUUUUGUACAGUGUUACCAUGAACUCAAACUCCGCUCUGCCAGAUACGCACGCAACCUGUCAGUGGAGAUGCUGCAAUGAGCAUGUAUUUAUACCUCCAUCAGAAAGAAGCUCAAGAAACCACUUGGACCUGCUGAUCCCAUUAUCAAAUAACAAUCUACACGGAUUCCUGCCUGAGCUGCACCUGAUUUGAACUGGCUUGUCUAGUUCCUUCCUGUUGUGUUGAUGAUCUCGAAUCAUUGUCUUCAACCAGCAUGGUCUGCAUCCGUCUUCUUGGACCGAACACUUGGACCGAAGAAUAGGAAUAAAUAAUGAUAAACACACAUAGGCACAAUCAAUCCUGUUUUGACAGCGGCUGCUGUUUACACGGUAUUCCCAUGACUACAACAUUGACAGAGACGUCUGCUUUUGUGUGUGUGUGUGUGUGUGUGUGUGUGUGUGUGUGUGUGUGUGUGUGUGCGUGCGUGUGCGUGUGUGCGUGCGCGUGUUUGUUUGUUUGUCUGGCCAUCACUUUGUCUAAGCUUUGCACCCAGAUGGUACAAGUUACACAAGAUUGAAGUGUGACCUAGAUGCAUUCUGUUAAACCUAUGAAAUAUAGGCAGAUAUUGAACAAGUGAGUGGGAAAUGGGGAUACAGAGGGGCUACACAGAGGGCUUUGUGUGUAGGAGGGGCUUAAGCCAAGGAUAAUGACAUUUAGAGACAGGGCAAGAGCAAGGACUACAAGGUGGCAGACAAAUAAAGGUGUGACAGAUAUGACAGCGCAGAUGGAGCGUGAAACAGUGGAUAAAAGACUCCUGGCACAAAAAUGACAAAGAGAUAACAGAAUGUGGAGCAACUGCGAGCACAAAGAAGGAAUAGACGGAGAGUGGGUUGCUUCUCUAUUUGCAAGUGAAUGUAAGGUAUUUUGUAUUUCUGUGUCUCCAAGGCAACCUCCAUCCUCCAACAUGUCAAUCAUAAUAGUGGUUGAUUUUGUGUUCACACAAAUAGGCCACAUCCACACACACCAAUCCUGGCUGGCAUUGUUGGUUUUGCAAUGAUUGGGAACAUUACAUCACAGGAUUGAAUAUGCAUUACAAAAUAUAGAAGAAAAAAAAAAUGUACAUGAUGGUUCUGACAUUCAUGAUUCAGACACGUUUCCACUGUUCGUGGUUUGCCAAGAUGAUGUGAUUCUCUGAAGAGACACAUGAUCCAAACAAACAAGUCCACACCUCUCCCACACAACAGUCUUUCGCUGCAUCUCCUCUUCCUCCUGUUGCCAUCAACCAUCCUCUUUUUAAACACACACACACUCACAUGCACACACACGCACACACUCACGCUAUCGCGCUCUUUUGUUGAAAACAUUAAAGUCUGUUAAUUAACUGUCGGUAAAGUCUAAUCUGUUAUUUCCUCCUUGUAUGAGUUCAGUGUUUAUUGUACAAAAAAACAUAUUUCACUAUCGUUCUUGUUGUGUUAUCAGUGUGCUUUUUAAGUCACAAAAAUGAGAGUUAAUCAAUAUUUUACCACCUUGCCUACAGCACAGUUUAUAAAACUUAUGUGGCAUAUAGCUUAUAGCCCAGAGGAUUCUGUCCAGGCCUGAUUAAAACCAUCAUUCAAAACCUUUUCAGCAGUAGACUUGUGAUUAAUGUGAUUAAUGUAUGAGC